AUGUCAGAAAAUGUCUCUAGACUCUCAACCCGCAUCUCCACCCUUGAUGGCGCUGCGCCAGAUCCUUACGAUCACGAAAUCUCGUUAGUCGAUACCACUGACACUACGCAUCAUGAUGAACCUCGAUCAGAGUCCCCGACUCCAAGCUCGCAGAAGCUCGCGAAAAAGACCACAAACUCGUCGAUAAAGGACCGGCUGGCAAGAAAAAAGCACUCGAACUAUGCAAAAUGGCAAGAGGGCCGCUAUUUCCCCAAAGCAGACAGCACUGUCACAGUCCAAGAGCGGGAUUCGACAUCGGCACACCCAACCGAGCCUGGGACAGGCGCAGUGACAGAAACUGUCGACUUUGCACCUGGCCACAGUGUCGACAGAGGGCGAUUGAAUGCACAGAAAAGAGGCAAAGAGUCUAAACAUCUGAAGGAGCAAAUUCACGAGUAUGAUGUUCUCUACGAGAACCAACGCGGGUCAUUUCUCUGCGGGAUCCCUUUGUAUUCGCACUCGUCUCUUCUGCCAAUAGAUCCAGCUCCAUGGGUGAAUAAGGACUUGCAUGAUUCACCUGUCAACAUCACCAAUGCUCAAGUACCAGAUCCGAGUUGGGAAUGGGCCUGGAAAACAUGGUAUGUUGACAUGAGUUACGAUGUGGAUGAACAAGGUUGGCAAUACUCUUUUGCCUUUGGAAAGAAUUGGUCGUGGCAUGGUACACAUCCAUGGUUUCACUCCUUCGUCAGGCGAAGACGAUGGCUGCGAAAACGUGUCAAACGCAACUCGGAAGCUCGUUGGGGCAAGACAGGAGGCAUGGGUGCUGCACAUCAUCUGACUCAAGACUAUUUCACCAUUCACUCGAAACGCGAUCGAAGUCCGGUCAGUGCUGUCGAUGGCGCCGGUAAAACCGCCCGGCCAUCCAGCUUCAUCAGUUUUCCGGACACGAUCGGUCCAGAGGAGCCACCUGAAGAUGUCAAAGAUGUUGGCACUCUACUCAAAGCCCUCAGAUUUGCCACAGUCGAUCGGGAAAAGAUUGACCUAGUGAAGAAGUUUGUUAACCAGGCUGGAGACGAACUGGUCUAUCUCAAUGAUCAUAUCCCAGACAUAAUGUCCUUUUUUGUGUUUCAGAAUUCAAGGAAACAGCUGCUAUCGUUCCUCAAGCAGACAACGGAUGAAGCACGACAGCAUCGGCAGAAACAUGAGGAGGAGAACAAGCCCGAGGGCGACGCAGAAAGUCGAAGAAUCGAUAACCUCCUUACUGCAGUCGAGGCCGCCAAUGCUGAAAUACGGGGAUUGGAGUUUUGGAGCGAUAGAAAGCAUGUUCUCCAGACUUCUGACAAUGAUAGCAUGGCAACGGGACCCAUUGCGGCCAUUUUCGACGAAACUGCACCAAGGCAAGAGGUUGAAGAUGAUCCAGUGGAAGAGAUCAAAGGCAUACCAGCGAAAGCCGACCUUCGAGGAGAGACUACAUCAGCGGCUCCCAAUGCAGAGCAGCAAUCAUCCAUUGAGAAUAGUGAUGAGUCGGAGCAGAAAGAGGACAAGGGCAAAGGCCGAGCAGAUGAAUACGACAAUGAAGAUGAUCGAGUGGAAACGGGUUCAAUCCCACGAUUGGGCCCAGACGAUCUCCUGGUUCCGGAUCAAGAUUAG